AUCGUGCCGCCGCCGCAGCGAGGUUUUGAGGGCAAGCAGCGCGAGAGGGGCGGGGCGCGACCAGGAGAAGAGAAAAACCCCCGGCGGCGCGGAGCGAAGAGGGAGCGAUCAGAAUUCAUCGGAGAUGUCGAAGCGGCAGGGACCCCCGAAGCACCAGAACCGCUACGCGUGGAAGCCAAACCUCGGCCAGAAGAUCAACGAGACCGAGCCCGGGGGCAGGUUCCGGCCACUGUCGGAGAUCACCGGCGUCUGCCAGCGCUGCCGGGACCAGAUCGACUGGAAGCGCAGAUACGGCAAGUACAAGCCAAUCGUUGAACCCGCCAAAUGCCAGAAGUGCGGGAAGCGAAACGUCCGGCAGGCGUACCACAACGUCUGCAGAGAUUGCUCCAAGGACCUCGGGAUAUGUGCCAAGUGCUGCACUCGUGUCAACGAGCUUGUCGGAAGGGAUGCUAAUGAAGAGGAGAGUGAACGCAGGGCACUAGAGGAGGCCAUCAAAGGUGCUAGGGAGAGGGAAAGACGUACCCUUCUUCGAAUGAUGAACAAAGGCAACGGUGGGGAGAGUGGGCCGUCGGUCCCAAAGAUUGCUGACAGAAGUCGAGAAGGUGACAUCUUCCCUGUCGCAUCACUUGAUGAAUACGCUGAACAAGCUAGAGAGGAAGAUGAGUCUGAUGAAGAGGCCAGAGAUUUUGUAGAAGAUUAAUUCUGGGUGCUUUAUGUUGUAAAAGCAUUUUCUCUUUCAUGAGGUGACGAGAUAUUUCAGACUCCAGGCAAAAUGCUAUGGAUCGGGAUUGUUCGACUCUUUCUGUUGUAUUUCUCCAAAGCUUAGAACUGAAAGCUGUUAAAUUGCAGUUUGCUGCUCCACCGC